AUGACUGAUCUUAAAGCAAGUCUUACUAAGGAGGAGUUUCAAGGUUUCACAGAGCCCCUUCCUAAAUUGAAAAACGUAACGAUACCCGAAUUACCUACCUCUCCACACAACUACCUCUUCUUGUCAAUGGACUUAGAGACAACGGGGCUUGAACGGAAGUCUGAAAUACUUCAAAUCUCAUGCUCCCCAUCAAAUGUGGAAACUGAGUCAUUUUCUGAAAACCUUUUCCCAGAACGUCAAAUUAUAAAUCAGGCGGCGACGCAGGUGCACGGUAUUAGCGUAGACUUUCGAAAUGGCCAAAAAACGUUGAUGAGGAGGGGGACUGAACUGGCAGCCGUAUCACAGACACAGGGUCUAACACAUUUUUGCUCCUAUCUUGAACACUACUCUCACUCAGCCAGGAUUGUACUAAUUGCACAUAAUGGAGAUAAAUUUGACUUCCCUGUUCUGAUAAAUGCACUUGAGAGGAACAAUUUACUUAGAGUGUUUCUCUCAAUCAAUGUUUUACUUGUGGAUUCUUUAAAAAUUGUUUCAAAGGAAAUGAAACAGAAAGAUAGUCCAUUGCAAUCCUGCAAGAGCAAGUCCUUAUCUGACCUUUAUGAGUGCCUAAUCAAGGAAACGUUUGACGCACAUGAUGCCGCGGAAGAUGCUGCCGCCUUAUCUCGAGUGUUAUUUCAGUCGCCUUUGAAAGUCACACCUGAAAAGUUCAUUGAAAACUCUUCCCCGGCAACUGCAUUCGUAGAAGAAAUGAAGUCUUCACAGGACGCCAGAGCACGGUAA